AGCAUGGAGCCCACCGCCGCCGACAAACUAACUGCAGCCGCCGCGUGUGGCCGGAUCCGGGAGGUGCGGGAGCUGCUGCGAGCCGGGGCGCAGCCAAACGCGCGGAACCGCUACGGACGCUGCGCGAUCCAAGUCAUGAUGAUGGGCAGCACCGGCGUGGCCGAAGUUCUGCUUCUCCAUGGCGCAGAGCCCAACCUGGCGGACCCAACCACCCUAACCCACCCAGUGCACGACGCAGCGAGGGAGGGGUUCCUGGAAACGCUGAGGCUGCUGCACCGCGCAGGGGCCAGGCUGGAUGUUCGAGACGUCUGGGGUCGCCUGCCCGUGGACCUGGCUGAGGCGAGAGGGCACCACGACGUCGUCCGGUACCUGCGAGGGGCUGCAGGGGACACCGAGGGUGGCGAUCGUGCCCAAGCAGCUGCUGCAGAGGAUCCAGCAGAUUUGCUAGGAAGCCAUGGGUGGGUUGUGGAGGAGGGGAGAAAGAGGAGACGCGAUUGGAAAUAA